AUGGCCAAAGGGCGACGCUUCAACCCGCCUUUGGACAAGGACGGCAGAUGGUUCCCGCACAUCAGCCCGCCGCAGAAGACGCCGGAGUCCAUCACCAGGGCCAUGUUGAAAGAGCCCCGCAGCCCACGUGCCUCUCGGCAAACGGAAGGGAAGCUACCGCCCAUCUACAAAGUCCGCGAGAAGCAAGCAGUCCGCAACAACUUCCCCUUCUCUGUCCACGACAAUCGGAACAGCUUUCAGGAUUCCGGAUUCUACCUCGACUCCGGCCUGGGACGUAGGAAGAUCUCUCCAGAAAAAAGGCAACACGUUUCAAGAAAUUUCAAUCUUUGGGCAUGUGACUAUGUUCCAUCUUGUCUUGAUGGCUUUUCAAAUUACCAAAUAUCAUAUGUCUGCCACGAAGCUGUGGUGGUCCCGAUUUUCAGACGCUUCCCAAGACACUAUAAUGAGAUAUGGAGCACUUUCAGGUUUAUUCCUGAGCAAAGCUAUGCAGAGUUUUUGAAAAAGAAUCCAAAAGUAAGGUUCGCUAUUGACAAAAAGGCUAGUUCUUCACUGGAGCCCUAA